AUGCCCGAAGACUUCGUCAAAGAGGUGAAGGCCCAGAAGCUCAGGCUCCUCCGCUUUGUGCCUGAUUCCCACGACUGGCUCCAGCAACACCUGUCCACAAUCGAGUUCACGGAUUGCGAGUUGGAGAUUUCUAAGAAGAAGCCUACUCGCAGAGACGAGGAGCGGAUUCUAAAAGAAUUACAAUUGCCAUUCAACUUUGACAAUUCGGACUGGCCCGGUGUGAAGUCACAGAAGAGCCAGAAGUUGAGAGCUCUAGAUCAGCUCACUAAGGAAGAACGUUGGGAGUUGUUGCUCAAGAACACUGUUGUGUCGGGUCCUAACGGCUGUUGGCACCUAUCGGGCAUCGAGUUGAGUUUGCACGUUAUCGCGGCCAGCUUGGGCAUAUACGCCCCUUGGAUCAAGUUUACGAUGGACUCUCAGAUUCUCAAAGGUCAUGGGAAAUGGGAUGUUUCGCACCUUUGUGGACAUGGUCACUGCUUCCGCCCGUCCCAUCUAGUGAUCGAGAUGAGCAGCACCAACCAGCGUAGGCGGGACUGCAAAGGUGGCGAGACAUGUCGAUGUGGUUACAGGGAGGGCACGCCUAAAUGCUUCGGGCACGAGGAAUGCCCGGAUACCUGUCCCGUGCGUUUGCGAAUGUUGCUCAAGAAGAAGUGGAAGAACGAUGAUUGGGAGCGAGCGCUCGACAUACAGGAAGCUGGUGGUGCUAAAGCCAAGGUUCGAUGUCGGGUGGUAGACCCCCUCUGGUACAGGGAUCUCAUUGCGUACGAAGAGGCAUUGGCAAACCCUAUUCGAUCGUCCAAGAGGAAGAGGAAAGCGAAUGACGAACCCGCGGAGGAGCCCAAGAAGAAGGCUAAUACAGCCACAACAAGGGCGCAACGUCGGGUUUCCAACAGGAAAACCAAGUUGCGACGCCACUGA